AUGGAUAUCGCAGCGCUUCUCAACCCUUCCUCUCCCCAGGAAGCCGUUCCCCCUAGGCCAGGCGCAAGAGUUGACGGACAUGAUCGCAUCAGUCAACAGUACAGCUCUUUCUUUCACCCUGACCAUGGACAGCGCAUCCAGAGACCACAGCCGAUGCAUCCCAUCAUUCACCUACCACAACUGGUGGGCGGCCACCACCGCCAGGACCCUCGUGCAUUGUUUUCUACAAGACCAGUCCAGGAGAACCAUGCUCGCAGAGAGAACGCGCCUUUGUCAGACAACCGCGUUCCUCCCAUCAAUCUCUCCAGCGAGGCAAUCCAUCGUAUGCUCAACUGGGAGUUCGGUGACCCUAUCCCAAAAGGCAGGAGACUGACGAUACCCUCAUACGCGGCGCCUCUUGAGCCUCCCCAUCACCAGGAGACCGAAUCCACAGCGUCCUUCCACCAGUGGCUAGAAUCAUCGACUCGUGAACCACACGCCGCCAACAGACACACCGAUCAUCCCGUCUGGCCGAACACUCCCACCCCGCGGCGACUUGUAGAGCCCCAGCCCAUCGGCUUCACCAGGCCCAUAUACGCCAGACACCCUCCCAGAGCUGGAGACAUGCCUCCACCCAGCCGUCCCCCACGGCCCGAGCCUCAGCCCGUUGCGCAGAACAAGGAGAAAGAGAAACCCACCCCCAAUGAGAACGAGCUGAUCGCCCGCGUUGAUAGAGAGGUGGUUCUGACCGAGUUCGAAAACGUCGCAGCCCACACGGCAAAAUGUGACCUCUGCAACAAGCGCAACAGCCAGGGCAUGUCGCGCUGCAUGUCCUGCGGCUGGCAGUCGUGUCACCCUUGCACCAUCGCGCGCGGCUGCUUCCGUACCCAUCGUGCUGGCGGGCGUCUUCACACAGGCCCCGUACGUCAGGAAGACCUAGUGAUGUCGGAGAAGGCGAAGGGAAAGAAGGCGAAGGCUAAGGCUAAGAAAGAGUCCACGACGCAGACCAGGAGGAACGCCAGGCGAGCACUCGCGUCAGCCCGCAGGACGUCUCGCAAGUGUUCAGUGGCUUCCACGGGCGACGGCUCUGGUAGUGAUAUCGAGACCUUGCUUGGCGGUGCCCAUAAUCUCUACAGUCUUAGUGCUGCGGCCCUUGGUCCAAUGGCUGGUAGAGUCUCCAACACGUUUGGUCAGGAUCAUGUGGCGUCAGGAUUUUCUCACUCUGAACGCAAGGUAGAUGAUGCCCAGGAGGAACAGACCAGCGAAGGCACCGUGACCCGCGAUUCCGAUCCCUCCGAUCCCGACUAUGAUCCGGGCGACUCAGAUUCUCAAGAGCAGUACCUGGUGCGAUUGGCUCUUGGUGUUGUGGCGUCAGUGUUCGCUUCUUGUGCUUCUGUUGAACAUGUCCUUUGUACCGGGAUGCUUCUUGCAGAGACUAUGAAGGGACUUCCUCGUCUGCCUGGCGCAAGACGGGAGAAUCUUCCGAAGGAUGGAAAGGUGUUGAUGUUCAUCAUCGGACGGGUCAGCACUCAUAUUCUAGCAUACGUACUUAUUGUCUAG